UUAUCAUAUCGCAUUACCUUCUUAGAAUACAAAUUGCAAAAUUUUUGUAUAGGAGUCACAUCGUCAGCGUGUGUGUUAUAUGAACCGAGUGUUAGUUGAAACAGCACGGUCUGAAAGGUGAUCAAAAGAACGUAGUUAAUUUAAAUAAAAAUUUGGUCAUUUAGUACUACUGUUCAAAUUUAUAACACUUCCUGAUACAUAAUGCCGGGUAAAGGACUGACUCCAUACCAGGGCAAAAACCGGUGCUUUGGUGCCUUCAAAUGCCCGCAGUGCAAGAGAUCCUGGUCCAGCGCAUACUCCUGGGCCGACUGCGCUGAGGACUGCAUAAUUUGCAACAUCCGAGUCUACCCAUUUAGACAGACAAAACUUAAGAAGCGGCGCGGGACUGACAAUGAGAAGAAAAGACACCUGACAGAAUUGUGCGAAAAAUGCGAACAACUGGGGUAUAGCUGUAGUAGUCGGAGGAGACAAUUUUAGGACGAAGACUGAGGACUGGUCCGAGGUAUUAGUAGUAUAUUCGUAUAUAGAGUAUUCACGAAUUAAGAUCACUCAUCGCUCAUUAAUACAAGCAAUACUGCUCAUGGGUGUACUCUUUUUUAAGUCCGGGAAUGGCCUAUCCAUACUCGUCGUCGGCUCAUCUAAAACCUGGGAUGUAAUGUAGCUACCCAGUAAGUACUGCUGAGUGUAGAUAAGACCAAGACGUCCUACACGUUGUUUAGACGGGGGGACCUAUUAGCCCCCCCUACCAUUUUGGAAGGCGCAUGGGAAGUCAGCUGCUCCAAUUCAAAUAAAUAUUUCUGAUUUCUGAAUGGAAAUUGUAUGCCCCUACUACCUAACCAACUAUCGUAUGUUAGGAAAUUGUAUGCCCCUACCUACUUUAAGUUAAAUUUGAGGAAUUUGAUUCCCUCUGAGCCAAAGUUGGGUACACCCAUGUUACUUACUUCUUCUACUUCGGACUGACCGUUCUCCAAUUCAGAGGUGAUUAUAAGGUUUAAAACGAAUGAAAAAUAUUGUUCCUUACACUAAUUACUAGUUAAAGGGUUAAACCCUUAUUUUGAAACGACUAUAGCAAUAUUUUCUUAACAACAGAUUUAAGUUUCAUUUCAUACAGUUCUUUUGGCUGUAUUUUAGAAUGACUGUCUAUUGUGAACAUACACUGAAGAAUUUAAUAUUGUGAUUGAUCUAAAUAUUGAUAAGUAUUGUAGUAAAUAAGUAUGUCUCGCUACACCAUGACUUACGUACUUACCUUGAUGUUCUUUGCACACCGUUUUCGUACAUACCUAAUCUACAUUAAGUAAAUGGGUUUAUAUUAACAGGGGCUAGUGUCGGCUUGUGAACUCAUUCACCUAACACCCUGUAUAAUAAAUAUAAGAAUGAAUCGCAAAAUGUGUAAGUGCAUAACUCAACAACGCCUGGACCAAUUUUACCAAUACUUUUUUUUUAAUGUUCGUUGAAGUUUAAGGAUAGUUUUACAGCGAGAAAAGUUCGAAUAAUUUUCGGAAAACUCUAAAAACAGCCCUUUUUUCACACGGGCGAAGCCGCGUAUGGAAAGCUAGUUACUUUAUAAAAGUACUUAUAGAAAGUUGUAAUUCAGUUCUAUACAACACGAGAUAUAAAAUUGGUAUUAAGGGCUUAAUAAGGGAAAUCAAAAAUACUUAUACUUAAGUUUAAAGUUUUAUUUUUGUACUUCAUACUUUGGAUUUUAAAGUUUUUAUUAAACCUAUACUUAGUUUAAUUCUAGCUUGCUAGGCGCUAGGGUAGACCUGACAACGGAAAAGUAUCAAAAAUAAAUACUAUGUUUUCAUAUCCUGAAUUAUUAUUCAGCUGGUUUGUAUCUAGCAGGUCUAAUGUUAAAAAAAACAAUUUUUAACAUUGACAUUUUAGAUACACAAUAAAGUAAGAAAGAAAGUUCAUUGUGUAUUGUUUUAACGAGUUGAUCCUUCAUUUCAAAACAUGACUGGGUUUUGAAAUGAAGAUUAUAUUGUAAUCUGAAGUACAUAUAAGGGUAUUUCUUCGGAGGCAAAAUUUUCGAUGUCUUUGGGUAUAGUUCUGUAACCAACUAACAAAAUGGCAUGUAAUAUUUUUUUUUCGUAUAGCUUAGCUAUAGCCCUAUCUGGCGCAAAUUACAUUUUUUACAUAAUUGCUGUCUUUAUACAAAAUAAAAAUAUUUGAAGUGUGAUUCUCUGAUUCAUAUGGUGUGUCCGUUAGCCAUUUUCCGGAACAAAAUGGUUGAUGUAGCAUUUUCCUUAUGAUAUAUCAAUAUAAAUUAAAAUUAUUUCGAAAGCUAAUGAGUUGUCCUUCUACAAAAAAAAUGUUUCAUAAUUUUAAUUAAGUUAGUUUGUUCGAAAAAAAAUAAAUAAGCAGUGUCCGGCAUAAAAUACUGAUUCAUAUGGCGUGAGCUGUUCUUGACCAUAACUGGUCAGGUUUUAAUCAUGAGAGUCUGGUUUCUGGCGUGGAGGCAAGCCCAUCUUGCAACGGAUGAGCUAGAAGGCAGACGUGGAGCUGGUUGGCUUAGAACCCGGUGUGACGAAGGCAAAUACUUGAUUCAUCUGUGCUUGGUUCAGGUGGCAUGCUGAUUACAAUGCCUACUUUAUAAAAUUACAUUAUUGCAUUAAAAAUCUAAUCUGUCUUUCUUGUGAUGCUUUUGGGUUAUAGAUUCAUGUAGAAAAAUGACAACACUGUAGUCUGUAUGUAUGACGAGUUUUGCUCGAUUUUAGGCAAAAAACUGAUUUAUCUGUGCGUGAUUCAUAUGGUCAGGGCCCUAUAUGAAUCAUAAAAUAAAUUAGUUUUUGGUCUUUCAAGCACCAAAAAAGGGUUUUUUAACUAAGAAUGACAUCCCAGACUGCAUAUCACUUAAGACCAGCUGCGAUUGCGGUCUUAUUAUGAAUAAAAAAAACAUUAUCAUAUGUGUUUAAACAGUAAAUAAGUAGUAUAUCCGUUAAGCUAGCAACCAUAACACAAGCAUAUUUGUUGCUUAUUUUGUAGCUAAAUGGCGCUGUAUGAAAUUGCCCAACGAUUUAUUUAUUUUUAUUAUUAUUUCAGCUACACUUAUGGCGUCCAUAGCACAUAAUAAUAUACUGCUGAGCAUAGGCCUCCAAUGAUUUCGAGAUUAACUGAUUGCCAUUGCCACAACCUCUAUAAGCUCUUCUCACCUUCUUCACCUUGUAGGUGGACGUCUUAAUAACAAUAGCUUGGAUAAGUGAUACAGCUCGGUAGAGUCAUCUAAAAUACCUUAGUGCCAUAAGUUGAAAGUCUACAUCCAGUGUGUGUUUAUCAGUGAUGACAAAUUGUACUGAAAAGCGGCCUCUCACUGUAGGCUUACGAACCACAAAGUUGCAUAGUGUAAUAUGGAGUGGACUAUGCUUGUUUUUUUUAUGCAAUCGAAUCUGAAAUGAGGAGAUCCGUAAACGAUCUAAAGUCGCAUGGUGGCAUAGUCCGAUGUUUUAGCAAGCUGAAGUGAUAAUGGGCAGGACACAUAGUAUACAGAAAUGAUGGCCGAUGGGAUACCACGUUUCUGGAGUGGAAGCUACGUGCCGGAAAGCUCAGUGUAGAACGUCCUCUCACAGGAAGGCGCAGGAUGCAGGCCGCUACCAACCGGUCAUUAUGGAAAUCAUUGGGAGAGGCUUAUGUUCAGUUGAAAUGAUUAUGAUGAUGAGAAAAUAUUAUGGAUGUAUACUAAAGUUUCAAAAAAAAAUGUUUUUUCACGAAUUAUUGUGGAAUCGUUGCAUUUUUUCAUAACAACAGAUCAUUGUUUUUGUUAUAAUAUGAUUAUUUUCUUAAUUUAGAGCCAAUUGUACAUGAAUAUCAUAAAUUUUAUUUCUAUUUUUGAUUAAUAUGUAACAAAUUCUGAUUCAUAUGGGCACAAAAUAUUUGAACGUCGAUAUCUUGAAAACUACUUUACAAAAACGAGUCCCUUAUCCAAAUAUAUGUUAUUGGGUGUACCUAUUUUCAUAUGAGUCUAUGUUACAAACCUAAAAUUGAAUUUGAAAUUUGUCCAUAUGAAUCAGCCGAAGAAUGCGAUUUCGAAGAAGUGCCCAUAAACAUAUUUUUAUAAUAUUAGCAUUAUUUUUACACGUUAAAUAAUUGAAUAGUAUAAGAAGGACAAUAUUUAAUUUUGAUUACUAACUCUACUUAAAAAUAAAGAUUGUAUGCCCAAUCAAUAAUGAUUAUUUUGUGCCAUUUGAAUAUAUUAAAAGACAAUUGUAUUAUGCAAAA